GAUACCCGACAGUUCAGUGUUCAGGGAUGUUCAGACACAGUCAUAGUUCCGAAAGAUUUUGAUUACUUUCAUAGUCUGUUUCGACCAGUGAAAAUUAGCAUCUCUCAUGAAUUUCUCAGCGAGUAACGACUACUGCGGGGAUGGCAGAUUCCUCCAACAUUCCGUCAUCAUGCAACACAUUGACAAACUGGAGUUGAGACCAGGAGACACGGUACUGGACGUGGGAUGCGGUACUGGGGAAGAAACCAAGUCAAUGGCAGGGAAAGUCAAGAGUGUAACAGGUAUUGACGUUUCAGAGGAAAUGAUAGCCGUGGCCGUUAAGACCAACUCGGCACCAAACGUAGCAUACAGUCAAUGGGACGCCCGAGCCGUGGGGGACAACCCGGACUGGCGAGAGAGAUUCGACAAAGCUGUCUGUUUCUUCGUUCUUCACUGGUUUCCCGAGCAGACCCAAGCGCUCCGUAGCAUCUCGGCGUGUCUGAAGCCGGGCGGGCAGGCACUAUUUAUCAUCGACAACCGCGAUGACCUCCUCAUGCUGCACCAAGCGACUUCCUUCUUGAAAAGUCACGAGAAGUGGGGUGCUUUUGUCCAGGACUACAAGUCAACAAUGUUCGUGUGGAACCUAUCGGUUCAAGAAACGCAGAAAGUCUUCAAAACGUGUGGCUGGGCCGAGGCUAAGUGUAAAGUGCGGAGACACGAGCUGGUCAUGUCUGAAAUUCAGUUAAAAUUGGUAUUGAAGACAUGUCUCGGAGAAACCCCGUUGAUACCAACGGCAGCGCUGGAGGAUUAUUUGCAAGACCUGUGGCAGUGGGCGUUGGAUCGCUAUGAGGAUAAGUCUCAGCCUGGAGAUGUGUGCAUUCCUGCUGAAUUUAUGGUCGUACACGCUUGGAAAUAAGACAAAUUUCAUGUGACACUGGCAAAGUAGACCAGCCAGCCGGUUGUUUUAUCCACCGUUUACGACCGGCCACGUGACGGGCUCCCGACCAACAGGAAUAGGAACUGCCUUAGGUAUUUAUGAAUUGUACCUGGUCUCUCCAUGCCACAUUGGUGACUGCUGACUGUUGGGGUUUUUUUCAUGUAAACGUAAUAAACUAGCACAAUACGUGGUGAUAAUGGCAAAAAAGUGGCAAUCCUAGUAUAUUCAAAUAUCGAUCCUACGAUGUCUGUCUGUGUGUCACGGAAGCUGCGGUCACACAACUGGAAAUGGCGGUCGCACAACCGGAAGUUUUAGGUCACACAUGAUGUCUGAUGUAAAAAUUCAUCUUGAGUAUGCUAGGCGCUACACAUGUGAGGUCUGAUGUAAGAGAUACAUCCACAACGAAGUGCCGACAUGGUAUUUAUACGGACCCCCAUUUGACCACCUUUGAAAUCACAGUUUGGGACGUGGAAAAGAAAAAUUAUUCCUGUUUUGCCAAGUUCUUUCUUUCAGACUUUCAAUACUUAAGUAUUACAACAUUAUCUCUAUGAAAACACUCCAAAACAUAUCGCUAUUACGCAAAAUAUAACAUUUGAUGAAUAUUGUAGUUUUGUAAUUCUUUUAGUGUAAUGUAUUUUUUUUUUUUGGUUUUUUUUUUUUUUGGUCUUUUGGGGUUGCAUUUUUAACUCUUUUCUGCUGUAUAAGGUCGGUCUUUUUAUACAUCACGUGUUGUCAGGUUUUUCCCCCUCCAUAACAUUCAUAUAUAAGCAUAUUUGUGGGUUUUGAACAUGUAAAUUAAUGCUUCUGGUAAUUAGCUUUGGGAGGGUUCAUAAUGUGCAUAAAUAAGUAGAUUUUUUAAGAUGUCGGCCUUUUUAUACAUCAUGUGUUGUCAGUUUUAUCUUUCAUUACAUUCAUAUGCAUACUUGUGGGUUUUUUAAUCGGUGAAUUAAUAUUAAUGCUUCUGGUAAUUGCUAUGGGAGGGUCCUUAUUUCUUAUGCUUGAUGACUUUUCAAAUUAAUGUGACUUAUGUGAAUGUGUAUUUUUAAUGAUGAUAUAUAUAUGUGUGUGGCAUGGCUCUCUAACGGUUAGGAAUGCAUAUAGGCUCGAACGUGUAACCAAAACUGCUUCUAAGGUGAUUGGUAUGGAUGUUGGAGACCUUCGUGUCAUCUUUCAGGAGGUAACACUGAAAAAACUCAAGUCAAUCAUGCAGGACCCCACCCACCCAAUUCAUCACCUGGUAACUGUGCAAAAAUCUGGGAGAGUCAGGCCUCCACGCACAAAUACACAACGUUUUAGAAGAUCAUUCUUGCCCAACUCAUGCCACCUUUU